GACGCAUGCGCGAAGCCACCCUGCCAAUAGGAGGUGAUACCAGGCCGAACAACCGCGGCCUUUUGUUACUCGCCCGUUGGCCUCCCGGUGACCAGCCACGGCCGCUUUAGUGUGCCCCACGGCACCCCCGUCUUUCAGCAAAAGGAAAGCACAAUGGAAGUUCUGCGGCCACCACUGAUAAGAAUUGGAGGACGUGUUUACAGGAAAAAUCAUAAUCGAGAACAGCCCCACCAGCAUGAAGAGGAAGAUUUCUAUGCAGGUCCUGAGGAUUGUGCAGAUGAACCCUGUGAUGCCUUUGUAGUGGAAGAGACACAAAGAGGGUACCAAUGUGCUGUGGACAUUCCCAGCCCACUAUACAAAUAUAUAAUAGGCAAAAAAGGAGAAACAAAGAAGAAAAUAGAAACAGAAACCCGAACCUCUAUCAUUAUUCCUAAGCCUGGAGUUGAAGGAGAAAUUGUGAUCACAGGACAACACCGGAAUGGUAUUAUUUCAGCUCGAACGCGAAUUGAUGUUCUUGUGGAGAGCUUCCGCAAGAAACAACCCUUCACACACUUUCUGUCAUUUGCACUCAACCAACUUGCAGUCCAGGAAAAGUUUCUACAGUUCAAAGAGGAAGUGUUGGAGAAGUGCUCAAAUGACUAUGGUGUCAGUAGUAGCCUGUUCCAGAACCCUGCCAAGCUCCAUCUGACUAUUGGGACGCUGGUACUCCUGAAUGAACAGGAAAUCCAGAAGGCCCAGGAACUCCUGCAGAGGUGUAAAGAAGACUUUGCUGACUCAAUUGCUGGAGGCAAACCACUAACUGUAGAAGUAGCAGGUGUAGAGUACAUGAAUGAUGAUCCAGCCAUGAUGGAUGUUCUCUAUGCAAAAGUUCGUAUGAAGGAUGGCUCUAACAAGCUCCAGCUCAUAGCAGAUAGACUGACAGAUCGGUUUGUGACCUCUGGACUAAUGAUGAAAGAGUGGGAUCGGGUGAAACUCCAUGCCACAGUCAUGAACACAAUCUUCCGGAAAGAUCCUAGUGCUGAAGAGCCAAGUAAUAGAUCUGCAGGCAAAUUUUUCAAGGAAAGGGAGUCAUUUGAUGGACGAAAUAUAUUGAAGCUCUUUGAGAACUUCUGCUUCGGAGAAGUGCAGCUGAAUUCAGUCUACCUCUCUCAGAGAUUCUCCGCAGAUAGCUCUGGUUACUAUGCAACAUCUGGGCAGUUAAAUUUCUCCUGAAGUAGAGACCAAUGCCCCAACAGAAUGACAUCAGAACUGCACAAUGAAGAAGAAGAAGAA